CUGUUGCCAUCACGAGACCAGAGGAGAGGGAGCCCGCGCAGCCGCAGCACAAGCUCUCAGCUGCAGCGACAGUCUAGUCUUCCCUUGCAAAGAAGCAAGCAAGAGCAAGAGGCAGCUCAGCCUAGCCCCUGCCCUUCCCCCAACGCUAAGGCCACCUCUCCUCUUGACCACCUAGCUGUCUGCUUCUCUCCUACCUCACAUCACCUGGCCACCUAACUCGACCGCGCCAUGCCAGGCCUCGCUGCGGCCGACAACUCGCCACCGGCGGCCGCGCCGCCGCCUCGGCGGCUCUCCUCGCCGCUGCCCAGGAGGGCGCCGCCGUCACCCUCGCCAUCAACCUCCUCGCGCGCCAAGCCGAGAAAGCCUGCCGCGGCGCCCGAGACGGACGAGUCCCUGGACAACCCGGAUCUGGGGCCCUUCCUCCUCAAGCAGGCGCGCGACGCCAUGGUCUCCGGGGAGGGCGGCGGCGCGGCCCGCGCGCUCGAGUUCGCCGAGCGGGCGGCCCGGGCUCUCGAGCGCCGCGGCGACGGCGCCGAGCUCGAGCUCGCCAUGAGCCUCCACGUCGCCGCCGCGAUCCACUGCGGCCUGGGCCGACACGCCGACGCCAUCCCCGUACUCGAGCGCGCCGUCGCAGUCGUUACGCCGCCCGCGCCGCCCCCUUUGCCUGUGGGCGAGGGGGCUAACGAGCAGCAGCAGGCCGAACCCGACCAGAUCGGGGAGGAGUGGUCCUUGGCUGCCUUCUCCGGCUGGAUGCAGCUAGGCGACACUCACGCCAUGCUCGGCCGCAUGGACGAGUCCAUCGCCUGCUACGGCAAGGGACUCGAGAUCCAGAUGGCCGCACUCGGCGAGCGCGAUCCCCGCGUCGCUGAGACCUGCAGGUAUUUGGCGGAAGCGCAUGUGCAAGCUCUGCAGUUCGAUGAAGCAGAGAAGCUGUGCCGCAAAGCGCUCGAGAUCCACCGAGAGCACAGCGCUCCGGCAUCCCUUGAUGAAGCCUCGGACCGCCGCCUGAUGGCCCUUAUCCUUGAUGCAAAGGGUGACUACGACGGUGCCCUCGAGCACCUCGUGCUUGCCUCAAUGACUAUGGUUGCCAAUGGGCGUGACAUAGAGGUGGCCACGAUUGAUGUCGCGAUAGGCAACACCUAUCUUGCUCUUGCUCGCUUUGAUGAGGCUGUCUUCUCCUACCAGAAGGCACUGACUGUUCUCAAAUCUGCACGUGGCGAUGACCAUCCUUCAGUUGCAUCUGUCUAUGUCCGCCUUGCAGACCUUUACCACCGAACGGGGAGGCUCCGUGAGUCUAAAUCCUACUGUGAAAAUGCCCUGCGUGUCUAUGCGAAGCCCGCACCAGGUGCUGCCCCUGAUGAGGUUGCUGGAGGCCUAAUGGAGAUUGCUGCCAUCUAUGAGGCACUUGGAGACCUCGACGAGGCCCUAAAGCUUCUUCAAAGGGCACUUAAGCUGCUUGAGGACUCACCAGGGCAGUGGAGCACUGUUGCUGGGAUUGAGGCACAGAUGGGUGUGCUGUACUACAUGGUGGGGACGUAUGCUGAUUCAAGGAACUCAUUUGAGAGCGCGGUUGCCAAAUUGAGGGCUAGUGGUGAGAGGAAGUCGGCAUUUUUCGGUGUUCUAUUGAAUCAGAUGGGUCUAGCUUGUGUGCAGCUGUUCAAGAUAGAUGAGGCUGCACAGUUGUUUGAGGAGGCAAGGGCAGUUCUAGAGCAGGAGUGUGGCGCUUCUCAUCCAGAUACUCUUGGUGUAUACAGCAACCUCGCUGCAAUCUAUGAUGCCAUGGGAAGAGUGGAGGAUGCCAUUGAAAUCCUGGAACACGUACUGAAAGUGAGGGAAGAGAAGCUCGGUACAGCAAAUCCCGAUGUGGAAGACGAGAAGAAGCGUCUUGCGGAGCUUCUGAAAGAGGCAGGGCGGUCCCGUAACAGGAAGCAAAAAUCGCUCGAGAACCUCUUCGGGACCAACUCGCAGCGGGCUAAGAAAGAAGCCGGGAGGCGGUGGUCCAACUUCGGCUUCAGAAGCUGAGGAACUCGCCUGGUGCCGGCCUUUGUAACAUAAAGUGGGGAAAAGGCAUUUGUAAAGAUGUUGUAGGCUAGGAAGAUGAUUGUGUUUGCUGCUUACUAAAUGUCUUGUGGUUUAUUGCCAUCAUAAUUAUCUUGGGUUAUAUCUUUUUUUUGGUUUUUCACGGUUAUUAAUUAACUGGGCCCUGUUGUACGUGGAGAGAAUAUUGUUUGUGCUGGUGGGUGAUGAAUACCUGUGAUUUGUUUGUUACAUUA